CUCAUUUGAAACUUACUUCAAACAAUGGUGACUAAAAAGAUAAGCUCCGAGGAAGAAGAAGAGGACAGCAGAGAGACAAGCUCCGAGGAGGAUGAAGCGUCUUCUGAAGACGAAGAGCCAACAAAGGAACAAACUCCUUCCAAAGCUGCCGAGAAAGCUAAGGGACAAAAGCGUGUGAGUGAAAGAACUUCGUCACAAGACAUGAGUGCUGCAAAGAAAGUGAAAUCGAGUGUCAAGAAAUCGGUUCCUCCUCAACUAUGGAGAAAAGAGGAUGAGUUGAUCCUACUGCAAGGAAUCAUUCGCUGCAAAACCGGAACAAGUACAAAAUUUAACCCCAGUGUUCGUGAAAAGAUCUACAACUUCAUCAAGGGGUCUAUCAGUUUUAAGGUUAGUUUAAAGCAAUGCACAGCAAAGAUUCAUGCAGUUAGAAGUAAGUAUCAAAAGAAACUGGAUAGUGGUAAGAAACCAUCGGGACCUCAAGACCUUAAAGCUUUUGAACUCGCUAAGGAAAUUUGGGGGUUAUCGGGAACAAGUGAUGCUAAGGAAUCAAGAAAGAGUGAGAAAAUCCAGAAGCUUGAAGAAGAAAAGGACGUGAUGAUUCAUGAACAAGGAGAAGAUUGGUUUAAGAACUCGAUUUUGUAUCGUGUGGUAACUAUUCUUGGCAUGGAGAAAGAUAAAGUGAAAAGCUGGUCUUGUGUUGCGAAAGAGAAGAAGAAGAUUAUGCUGGACCGGUGGAGUGACUUGGAAGCCAAAGACGCCGAAAUCGUCCAUCAAAAGACUGCGUAUGUGCAUGAUUUGAUCUGUGUGAUCCUUGAAGCAUCACCAUCCCAUUAGAUGCACUCAUAUGUCUUUUUCUUUUUAUUUGUCUUUGAACUUUGGAUUUCCGUUUAUGGUUUUUCUGGUUGUUUUGUUUCGGAUUAUGCUAGUUUAAGUUUCUGGUUUAUGUUAUGGUCAUGACUUUGUUUUGG